AUGCACAGAUCAAAACUGAGGCUAGACCCCGAUUUGUGGGCCAUUGACUUGGACCGUAUAGGCCAGGAAGGGAGUGAGGACUUGAUUAACAACCAGAUCCUCACGAUUCUUGCAAAAGUGGUAAAUUUCAUCGCGUGCUCAGACGGCACUUCGGCAAGUAAAGGGCUCGACGAAUGGUACAAGCUGCGUGACCUUCUCGACCACUGGAACCACUCUGUGAAGGGCCGAAGCUUCAUGGACCCGGUCUCGGUAUACGAGGAGGACGGUCAGCCGUUCACAACAAUAUGGUUUGCGAGGAGUGUUUGUGAUUUUGCUCCUCACCUCCUGCCCUACGCAAGACCGUAG